GAAAAAAAAUUAGAAUUGCAAUAAACUUUUGACAAGUGAAGUGCAUCUAAAAAUUAAAAGGUUUUUAUUGUUAUAACCUAUUUUUAAUGAUUUGGUGCUACAAAAGCGGAAAAUAUUUUAGAAUAAAGCGCAGGCUCAAUCCACUUUCAAGAUGAGCUUUUUGUUUGGGAGCAGGUCCAACAAGACCUUCAAGCCGAAGAAAAACAUUCCGGAAGGCACCCACCAGUACGACCUGAUGCGGCACGCAGCGGCCACGCUGGGCUCCGGCAACCUGCGCCUCGCGGUGCUGCUGCCCGAGGGAGAGGACCCCAAUGAGUGGAUUGCUGUCAACACCGUGGACUUCUUCAACCAAAUCAACAUGCUGUACGGCACCAUCACCGAGUUCUGCACGGAGGAGGCCUGCGCCGUCAUGUCCGCCGGCCCCAAGUACGAGUACCACUGGGCGGACGGACUGGCUGUCAAGAAACCCAUCAAAUGCUCUGCACCCAAAUAUAUUGACUAUUUGAUGACCUGGGCGCAAGAUCAGCUGGAUGAUGAGACACUCUUCCCUUCUAAGAUUGGGGUACCAUUCCCGAAGAACUUCCAAAGCAUUGCGAAGACGAUCUUAAAGAGGUUGUUCCGUGUGUACGCCCAUAUCUACCACCAGCACUUCCCUCAGGUGGUAACGCUAGGCGAGGAGGCGCACCUCAACACGUCGUUCAAGCACUUCAUAUUCUUCGUGCAGGAGUUCAGCCUGAUCGAGCGGCGCGAGCUGGCGCCGCUGCAGGAACUCAUCGAGAAGCUCACCGCCAAGGAGGCCCGAUGAGGCCCGCUCCGGUACCUACCACCUAACCACCACUUUGUGGCUUUAUUUAUAACCUCUACUUUUAUGUCGCAUUGAGGAAGAAGGUUUGAAACUUGAUGGCAACAUUAAAAAUAGCUUUAUGAUUAAGGUAUUACUACUAUGACACACAGUCUUUUUUUAUUGUUUAUUUUCACAUGGUUUAUUUUUGGUGUAAAAGAACUUAUAAUUUGAAAAACUGGGAAAAUCAUCUUAAGAUCUUGCUAACACUAGUUUUUCAAAUAGUCUUUUUUAUUAUAAUAUACCUAAUUUAGGGAAAAGGAUCAAACUCACAAAAAUUUGUCAGUAAAAUUUAACUCUCUGUCAAAAAAGAGUCAUACAUUUUAAUGGCAAAUUUGAGGGUGGAUCCAAUUCGUCAAAUUACGCCUUAUUAAAAACGUAUGUCUUUGAAAGUAGACCUUCAAAAUAAAGCAAUAAAGUGCAGUUUAAAAGUAUAAUUACCUAAACAAGCACAUUAGAAAAGAGUGACUUCAAGUGCUUUCUAACACUUAAAAGUUAAUUCUAAAAAAUAAUUUAGGAAUAGAAAAUUCCUAAAACACUUCGUCGAAGCGCAGGGGUAGACCAUGUAUAAAUAUGUGAUGACCAAUUCGCGGAAAAACGAGCUGUCAAAAAUAUUUAAAUACGGCCAGUAUGUACUGUAAUUUGGAUACCGUAGGUCUCUAUGAUUUUACAUUUAAAUUAGCUCUAAAGAUUUACAUUUUCUAUUUAUUACAAAUAAAUAAAUAUAAAAAUAACACCUGACAACAAUAAAACAAUUGUUAACGUGUCUUGUCACUCAUGUAGUUAAGAAAAAAGAAGUUUGUAUAAUAGAUUUUGAUGGAUCGGCAGUGUUAUAGAUGUAGUGCAUAAUUAUUUACCAUCGUAUUUUUACGGAAACGCACGUGUUGUACAAAAAGUACUGAGGUUGACUGAAGUAGCACGACUAUACUAUACGAACGUUCGAUAAAUACCAUGGCCAAAGGAUUAUGAACUACACCUGUACACAACUACAACUAAAAACCAAGCGUAAGUAAAUAGAAAAAAGUAUAAGAAGAUAAGAACGUGACUAUACUUUAUCUUGCUAAGCGCUUCGACUCUCACUGCCCAAAAGUAAAUUAUAUUUUGUAGUGUAUUUCUUGUAACUCCUUAUGUAACGUACCCUAGGCUAAGGUUUCGAGUGUGCCUCGCGUAGUGACCCCGGGCGCUCCGCCGCCGGCUCGAGCCUUCAGCACUAAAAUCGACUUUUUAUAACUACUGUACUAACUACAAAUAAAUUGUAUAACGAUGUGCGCAAUAUAUGACAAGACUUAUUGACUCCACAAAAAAAGUGACAGAUAUAUUUUAGUGAGUUUAUUUGUGUGAGACAUUAAAUUAUUACGCUUAUUUCGAUAUAUACGUUUUCUGUAAUCCCCUUGCAAUGUAACAAAAUAGAAGACAGACGAGAUACCCCCUGUGUUGGUAUUUAGUGCUGAAGGCAAGUCACAUACUAAUAUACUAUAUACAUAGAAGAGGUGUCUCAAAAAUAGUACAAUAAAAAAAUACAAAGGCAAUUUGCAUUAAGCUAAUCUUAGCUUUGGUACAUUUCAAAAAGUUUUGGUCAUGCUAAUAAUAUUGUUACUAUUUUUUAGACACUCAGUUUGUGAUAAUGAAUGUAGGGGAUUGAUAUACAUAUUUAUAUUUGUACGCGUAACUUUACCGAAAAUAAUACCCGACUCGACUGAGAAAUCAAUGGUCUAAAUAAAACACCAAAUAUUCUAUAUAUUUGCCCAAAGAAGUUUUGUCGUGUUUCUAGGGAUCAUUUUAUUUGUAAUAUUUAGUGUUUUAUUCCAUUGGGAUUGUAAAUAGAUGUUGCCUCCUCGGCUAUCGCAGUACUGACAUUUUUUGAAUCUAGUAUAUUGAAGUGGCAAAUUUUUUCGUUUAGUUAUUAGUUUAGUAAAUAAUUGACGUGCAACCGGAUGGUUUGCUAUCCAGUCAAAAAUAAUCAUAUUAUUUUGUAAAAAGCGCUGUAAAAGUGUAAACCUGUUUUUUUUAAUACUAGAUACUGUAAUGACAGUCUGAUUGCUCCAAUUUGUACCACCCAUCUGUCAUCUAGUACAGUAAGUGUUCCAACUACCCGCGUCGCCAUACUAGCCUUAUAGAAAAGUGGAUACUUAUGUUAGGGCGCCGACUGUACAAACACUGGUGAUUGGGCGUUGGACAAUGGGAAUGUCAUUUCGAAGUCAAAUAUAUCUUUGUACUGUACCUGGGUGCCUAGCCAAGGUGACACUCGUUUGCGCUACGAUAACGAAACCCUUUGUUUCUCUAUCACUCUUCCUAAUAUUAGUGCGACAAUGACAGUUGCUUUUCGUUCGCUACGAAGCUUAACGAUGUGACGUCUUUAACUAUUGGAAGUAGUUGUGUUGUCCGUAGGUUGAAUGGCUCGUGUUUGUUUGUAGGGUGGAUGGAUACUCUACCGAACACCGUCUGUACAUCACCGACGAUCUAUAUCAUACUGGCCGUGUGUUAUCCAACCUCGACACUGGCGGAAUCAUCAAGCCCUGAUGGAGCCAUAAUACACAAAAAUUUAUUGAUUGAGCUUAACGAUUGACAUGUUGGCUACGCACCCAGAGAUAUAAAAUAUCUUAUUAUUUUAGUUUCUUAGAACUUAAACACUGUAAUUUUCCGCAAUCAGCUUCUGUAGUAGUCGCUUAAUAAUCUGUCGUAUCGCGAAUUUGGAAUAAGUAAGUAUCGGUAAAAACACAAGGUAUUUAAAUUCCUUAAGAACUUGAAACUAUUAAUACGAAUGAAUUGUUAAUUAUGAUACGAUUCAGCGAAACAUGUUCGUAUCUAAAAUCCUAAAUGAGAUUUAGCAUUACUGAGACCUAACUAAAUGAGUCUAAUUAUUUUAUUACUAGUACGUACACGAGAUGAGAUGAAUUGCUCCGAUUACAUAUGUUGUUUAUAUUAUUUUGAUGUUAAGUUACUUAUUUAUUUAUUGUGAUGACGUAACAUAGUUUUCAUUUUAAAUCAAUUCUAACGUUAAUCUAAGAUUAAUUUCUAUUUACAUAAUGUAUUCAAUUAUUUUCAUUAUAUCUUAUAUUGUGUCAAUUGAGUGCUUAAGUACUAAAGAGUACAUUUAAAGUAGGUACGAAUUGAUUUGUACCGUCAAGGAGUGUUGGUCACUUGAUGUAUUUUAUUUUCUAGUUACUAUUUAUACCUUUCACUAUCAAUAUAGGUCUACCAAAUAGGCCCGGCCACCGUAGAACCAUGUCAAAGUAACGUUAUUAAUAAAAUUGAAGGAAUCUCUGUCUACAUGUCAAUUUGGAAUGGUUCUAUGGUGGCGUCUUCUAAUGGAUUGAUUAUAUCUAAUAUACUAAGGGUCGGUUGCACCAAACUGUUCGUAUCGUUAAAGAGUUCGCUAAAUUUUUAUGUAUGGAAAGUUUCAUAGUGAAGCGCCGGGGCGCGCCGGCUGACGUUGAUCAGUCUGUCAAAUGCGGUUGGUGCAACUGGCCCUAACAGAAACACUGACCCCAUCGCAGGACCUUCCGCCUGCAAUAACGCGGUUGUCAAUCAACACACUAAGGCGACCUUAAUGGCCUAUUAAUUAACAGUUCCAAACUAGGAACUAUGUAAUAAUCUAUUUCAUAAGAGGGGCGAAGGACGACGACGUCACGCUGUGUGUGACGUAGGCUUAAUAACUCUGUCGACGGAGAAACGCUUCGAGCGAUAUCUCGAAUCUAUGAAAUACAAAUGUAUGACGGCUGAGACACAGCGUUUUCUCUUGACCUCUGAGAGCUUGAGCUACAAAAUAUGUACUGCGGUUGCCAUUCAGCAUCGGUAGUAUACUGCAAUGAAUUAGAUUGACGCUAUCUAAUGAGAUUAUUUAUUAAUAUUUUGUAUGUUUUUGCGAAAAAUCUGUACUUCCCAUACACUUUUUGUAUUGAGAUUUUUGUAUGAAUUUGAUAGAAUUUAAAAGGAAGUAUCCUUUUGGGCGGCGCUCGUGUCUAACUAAUCUCAUAUCGUAGGAGCUAAGUUAAGUGUGUAGAUAUUAUUGACGCAUUUACAUCGAUGCGCCACUCAGCGCCCGACAUGUUUAUUUGAUUUAGUUAAUGUAAUACGACGCGAACAAUUAUAUAAUAAAAAGUGAAUAAAUCCUAAAA